AUGUCUUCCUCAACGCAGGCCCUCAUCCCACACCUUCACCUCGGGAGCACGUUUGGCGCACUGUUUAUUGGGGUCACCUUUGCAGCAAUUCUCUUUGGUCUAAGUAACGUUCAAGCUUUCGUCUACUUUCAGACCCACAAGGGCACAGGAAUAUCGUUUUAUAAGCUAGCUGUUGCCUGGCUUUGGAUAAUCGACGCUCUGCACUUGUUCUUGAUAGUCCACUGCAUCUAUUAUUAUUUAGUAACCCACUACGCGGACAUCGACGCACUCAUAGGAAUUGUGUGGAGCUUCAAACUUCAAAUAGUCACCAAUGUUCUAAUUGUCUACGGGGUGCAGCUUCUAUAUUUUCAUCGCAUAUGCAUAGUCGCCAAGGGCCGAUCAAAAGUCCCCCCAAUAGUAGUGGGCGUAGUCGUCAUUUCGGCUGGAGGUUGGUUUGUCAUUUGGUAUCCCUCUUCACUAGAUCUUGAUUUUUUUUCCCCUUCAGGUGUUGCCAUUGUCAUUAUUUGGGCCAUCUAUCAGUGUCAUGUGUUCUCAGAUCUAAUCAAAAUGGAAUGGGCGACAUUUAUGGCUUGCGGCACGAUUACUCUCGUCGAUUUUGUUAUCGCAUCAUCGCUAUGUUAUCUCCUCGCUAUUUCCCGCACUGGAUUCUCUAGCACUGAUUCCAUGUUAACAAAGCUCAUGGUUUACGUUAUCAACACGGGUUGUCUGACAAGCAUAUGUUCAUUGUCAGUUAUCAUUACGUGCGCAACGAUGCCGCAAAAUUUCAUCUUCCUCGGCAUUGAAUUUUUAGUGGCUAAAUUAUACGUCAACUCGUUCAUCGCCCUUCUGAACGCGCCACACUACUUGCAGUCGGCUGCAGAAACCAACACUUCUACUGAAGUCCAUAUGCGCCAUGGCAUCUACCGCCCAGAGCUGAACGUUAUGGUGUCCCAAGACGAGGGACUCCAAGGAUCCCACGAAAACAUGUCUAAACAUCCCGGCGAUGAUGUUGUACACUUACUCGAUCUGCCAAGGCAAGCAGCUGCGUGA